CACUAAGGACAUUUGGGGAUCUCUGUUCACUCUAUCGGCCUCUCUAUACUCGCUUUAGACUUCCAUCUUCUCCUUGAAACAUUUCUUUAACAUCAGGUAAAAAUAGUCAUAGUCAUAGGCUCAAAGUGACUUGACAGUCCACAUUUAGCUGAUCCAAGCCAAGAUUUGCAAAGCCUGACAUUAUGGAUAUUGCCAUCCAACACCCCUGGUUCAGACGCACACUGGGCUACCCCACUCGUCUUUUCGAUCAAUUCUUUGGAGAGGGGCUCUUCGACUAUGACCUCUUCCCCUUUGCUGCCUCAACCAUCAGCCCUUUCUAUCGACACUCACUGUUCCGCAAUUUCCUGGAUUCCACCAACUCAGGCAUCUCUGAGGUGAGGUCUGACAGAGAUAAGUUUACAGUAUACCUUUACGUGAAGCACUUCUCUCCUGAUGAGAUCAGUGUUAAGGUAGCAGAUGACUAUGUGGAAAUCCAGGGCAAACAUGGAGAGAGACAGGAUGAUCAUGGCUACAUCUCCCGUGAGUUUCACCGCCGUUAUCGUCUGCCCUCCAGUGUGGACCAGUCUGCCAUCAACUGCACACUGUCUGCUGAUGGCCUACUCACUCUCUGUGGACCCAAGACUAGUGGCAUAGACACUGGCCGUGGAGACCGCAACAUCCCUGUCACUCGGGAGGACAAGACCAACUCGGGCUCCUCCUAGAUAAGCUUACCCACAGCCAGGUGGUGAUAUGGAGGUGUGAGUGGGGCUCACAGGGGGGUCUAGGCUUUAAUUGCAGAGGGCACCUGGAUUUAAGCAAAUCAUCUAUUUGUUAAAUUAUCUACAAGCCCUUCUUCCCAUGUCUAUGUCUAAGGGUAUCAGAGUAGAUCUGGCUUAAUACCCUCUUUCAAUAGACUACACUAGCUAAAAAUCUCCAUAAUCCAAAAUAUUGUUUUUAUAUUUAAUUACAUGCUAGUCACACAGGAAAUGGAUCAAGAUGAGUGGAUGGGGGGUCUGAAAGAUUAAGAUGUAAUAUAUGUUGAUUCAAGCCUCUUUCCUACUAGUCAGAUGUUAAGUGAACAGCCAUUGCAGAACCGCUCCAAGAUCUUUGACCAUCUUGGUGAUAUCCUAUGGAAGUAAUCAUUCUUUAAAAGCAUUAUUUUUCUUAUACAAUAUAGUUUUAAUUGGAGAACUAAAUGGCCUGAGGAAGCUUAUUUAAGGGAGGUGGAGAUCUUGGUUUAUAACUUGCUCUGUUUAGAAGAUUUCUGAUCCAUGAGAGAUUCCAUCACUGGGAUCAGUCAGACCCCACCUUCUUCCUUACCUGUGUCAACAGUUUUCUAAACAUCUAUUGUCAUUGACUCUUUCCUGUCUUGUAGGUUCUUUCCCUGUUAUACUGAUUGUUGGCUCCUCUGGGCUCUACUAAGUAGUGAUAAAAAUAAAGUUGUACCAUUAACAAU